ACAACAACAACAACAACAACAACACCAUCACCACCAACAACAGAGCCAGCAACAUCAACAGCAGCACUCCCAACAUCAUCAAGCACAUCAUCAUCAUGAACAGCAACCCCAGCAUCCAUCACAUUCUCUGCCAACAACAGAAGAACAGCAGCAUUUACAUCAACAACAGCUGCAGUUACAAGAACAAUUAGAACAGCUUCAGCAGCACCACCAUCAUCUACAACAACAACAUCAUCACCAACAACAGCAACACCAACACCCACUCUCAGGGGCACCGCUAGGUCAUAAUGUAACUGGACUCCCUCAUCCUUCAGUCUCAAAUGGGUUUUCUGGCGACAUGCCACUAGGUGUGGCUCAGUCACUGGUUCAUAGUUUAGCAGGGAUAAGUGCAAUCACAGGAUUGGGUGGGUUAUCAUCUUUAGGACCAACUGGGCUAGAGGGCUUGAGUAGUGCUGUACCUGGUGGAAUGUUGCCUAGUCUUGUUGAUGCUGUGUCUGCAAGUAAUGCUGCUAUGUCUGUGGCUACUACCUCCAGUGCAGUACCGCCACACAAUCCAUUGAUGGCUGGUGGUCAUGAUUCUCAGCAAGAUAUACCCUCACACCUACCAGAAACAAGUUUAGCUGAUCUAAAAGCAGCAGGUCUUGACACUAGUUUAGGAUACUACCCAACAGUUUCACAAACCCAAGGUGACCCAUCUCUUAUGCGCAAACAAGCUGAAGAAGAGCUUCAUGCAGAUGCUCAAGCAUUACAGAGACAACAUGCAGCAGAGGCAUCAGCACUUGCCAGCUAUUUAGCUGCCCAAGAGAAAAAACCUCCGUCAUCAGCGCCUGAAACUCCAAAGUCAUCAGGUGGAGGAUCAUUUAAUAAACCCAAACCAACGCCCAAGAACCUAAGCUCAUGGUCUUCACUAGCCCAGAGUGCUGUCCCAUCUCCCACUGCUUCAACCUCACUCAAGACUUCUGCUAGUGAUUCCUUUGCACAGUUUAAGAGAGUUGCAAAGGAGAAGGAAGCAAGGCAACGUCAAAUUAUUGAACAGCAAGAACAAAGACGGCAACAAAAGGAGCAGGUAGAAAAAGAAAGAGCGAGGCAAGAAGCUGAACGAGAACGGGCUCGUGCAGAAGAAGAAGCACUAGAGAGAGCCAUGGAGCAAGCAAAGGAGGCAAGAGCUACUCAGGAGCUGCAGAGACGAGAGCCAGUUGUUGUAAAAGAAAGACCAACUCCUGGUCCCAAAGUGGCGACUCCUAUGACUGCCUCUACAUCACCUCAUCCGCAGUUGGCAACACCUGCUGGUCCACCAAGUUCUCAUCCACCUGCCACUCCAACACCUUCUCAUGAUAAUGCAAAGCUUAGUGACCGUGACCGACAGAAGCUGAGGGAACAAGAGCGAAGACGGAGGGAAGCGAUGGCAGGUCAGAUCGACAUGAAUCGUCAGAGUGACCUGAUGGCUGCAUUUGAAGAGCAAUGUGGAAAAUAAUUCAUAAAACUUACCAAAAAUAUGUUCUAUUCAUGUCAGCUCUGUUCCUUGUACACAACUCAACUCAGAUAUCACCUAAGUCCCAUUAAUUGACAUGUUUUGUACAUAUAGCCAUAGCUGUGUUUAUAUUUAUUAUGGUUCUGUGAGAGUUCUUGUUGUUGCUGUACAUUUAUGUAUGAAACUUAUGGAUGUAAAUGUUACAUUUUGGCUGUGAAAUCGUCCCUUGCCAAUGCAUGUUGUCGGCAAGAUGUACAACCAUUGGCUCCACUGCUUGAUGGCGCUCUAUUCAUUUGGCCGGCCCUGGAUAAAUGAAUACUGUACAAGUCGUAAUACUGCUGAAACCAAGCGAGUUUAUGUCAUAUGUGGCCCUUAAAGGUGCCAUAUCAUAUGACUAAGAAAGUCAGUUGUAUUGAUCACUGUCUAGAUCAGUGCACGUCCUUCAGCUGUACUGAACAUUGUCAAGAUCAGCACAAGUCCUAACUUAUCAGUUGCAGUGUACCACAACAUUGCAGAAUAUUAUGUUUUGUCCACCUGAAAAUAUCUUUAUUAACUUUGAUGACUCAAUUAAUUCCACUGUUUUUUGCUUACAAUUUGAUUGUUUCAGUCAAUUUGCGAUGAAAUGCGUAGGACAGACCUUUUGUGGUAUGUUGGUAAAUACCCCUUUUGUUAAAUGAUUUAUGAAAUUGGAACAAAUAUGGUGUAAUAAUUUGAAAAAUUACAGUGCAUUUGGGCAGUGGAAUAACUGAAUCAUCUUUUUUUUACAGUAUAUUGCUGUAUUGGUGCUUCACUGAGGAUAUAGGACAAUACAAAUACUCUGCAUGUGAAUAUUGUUUCAAUAUUAGAAUUGUUCUACAGAUUCUCAGUUGUCAGCUGAUACUGUUACUCAGCUGCUGACAGGUGUUAUGGCUUGUUAGCCAUAACAUUUAAACUUUCCAUAUUGACCAACGAUUUUCAACUAAGGAAAUGUUAAUCAAUACUAGAUUUAGGAACUUUUUUAAUAAAAUGUGUUAACGUAUUAGGCCUAUAGGCCUGUAGACCAUCAGUUUGGGUUUCUUUGUUUAUAUAACCUUUGGUAUGGUUUCCUUCAUUCUUUAUAUGAUUUACAUCGUCUGUGGAACUCAUUUUGUCAAGUUGCUUAAAGAAAGCUUUUUAAAAAUUUAAUAUUUGGGAAUAAGCUUAGAAGGAAUAAUAAUAGUAUCUAGUAAGCAGUGACCAUUGAUGAUGUCUCAGUAGGAACACUAAUUUUUAUAUUGCCUCAAAUACUCACACUUAUGUGGUUAAAACAUAUGUUCAUUUUUUCUACAUUUAUUCAAUACUGUGAAAGAAAAUAGAAAAUAGCCAUAUCCCAACAUGCAGGAGGUUGUGCUAAGUCGGUGCUCCAGGGCUGCUGACACUUGUACAUAGCUGUAUAGUUUGUGAUUAUACUAUUUAAUUAAUAAGCAGAGGUGACAACCAUGACUUGACUGGCUUGAGAUAGUCAACUGCCAUGUGCAUCAGAAGACAAACUGGCUUACAGCAUUCCAUAUUUAACUAAAUCAUAGAUGUUUCACAAAUUUAUUACCAUUGAUCAAAAAGUUGAACUAAUUAUUAUUGGGUGAGAGGUUUAGGCUCAGGAAAUUAAUUUUAUGUUUCUGUUAUAAUCAGAUCAAAUUUCUAUGAGGUUAAACUCAUAGUUUGUAGGAACCCUCCAUUUACCCCCAUGCAAUUCCUGAUCAUCAGGAAGUGAGGUAAGUGGAGUAUGAUUAUCAAAAAGAAUAUAUAAUACAGUACUACACUUCCCUGCCUUGACCAUUUGUGUCACUGAUGGUAAAAUCUUCAGUUGGUGGUUAGUUUGUGACUCUUCAGUUCUAGCCCUUAUAAAUAAAUCUAAUACGACUAGAAAAAAUCUUUAUUAACAGGAGAUACACGGAAUCAGCUAGGUGUGGGAUAGGUGUUCAAUUUAGAACCAGAAGCCUAGUUCAAAUGUGUUCAUUAGUAUUUGUGUCUACAGUGCAGUCCCAACAAAGAGUUUUUUCUUAUUGAAAAGCUGCAAUGCCAUUUCAUUUUGUUUUAGUCAAAUGAUAUAUGAUCUGAGUGGGCUUCAAAACUUUCUAGUGAUUUAUAAUGUUUAUAAUGGUUUAUUAGUGAAUCACGUGAGUUGUUCAGAUUUCCAAGACUGAGAGUGACCAAUGACCAGACAUUUGAUUCAUAUAAUCUUGCUGGCAGGAUUGUAAUUAAUGAAAUAUAAAUAAUAUACAAAAACCACUGUGGUAUUAAAAUAUUAAUAAGAAUA